CUGGAUUCGACCGCGUUACGAGCAAAUAUAUUUUGCACUACAAUCGAAAUAUUGGUGGGGAGCUCCUACUCUUCUCGGCACACACAGAGACAUUCACACGAACAGAACAGAUUAACGGUCGUUCGGAGACGCCACACACGCAGUAUACCGUCGAUAUACAUCACGACUUACAAUUGACGCUGUGCGCGCGAAAAAAAGACACUGUUUUCGUUUUCUCCUGCUAGUUGGACGAGCGGCAGAGUUCAGCAUAAAUUGACCCUUUCAAAAAACCCUUCGACACGUAAUUGUACGAAAAAACCAGUUAACGAAACUCUUCGUCGUUAAGUAAAAACGUUAUUUUAACUUCUGUGCGGUUUUAUCAUAUUUUUCCCCAGACAGCUUCGAGAUGGCGGACGUAGCUGAAAACACGACAUAUUCGGACGCAGCGACUGCGAUAUCGCAAGGCAAGCGUCAUCUCCUGGUGCAAGAUUACACAGCUGCGGUGACCGCGCUGGCCGAAGGUCUGGAAAUGAUGUCGCAAAAGCUCGGGGACUGCGACGACGCUUUGGGCGAGCCUUACCUGUUAUACGGUCGUGCAUUAUUGGGAUUAGCUCGGGAGGAAGUUGGAGUGCUUGGGGAAGCUGUGCCGGGCGGGGAAGAUGGGGACGACGACGAGGACGGCGAGGAAGAGGAGGAGGAGGAUGACGACGAGAAUGAAGAAGACAAGACGAGCGAGGCCGACGCAAAGGAGGAGGAAGGGGGAGAAGCUGGACAGACCGAGGAGAAGAAAGAAGUUGACGAGAAGAAAUCGAGCACCGAAGCUGCUGAAAAAGCCUCGAUAAGUAGCACGAGCGAUGAGAAAAAAGAGGAAAAUGGAACAGCGGUGAACAAAACGGACGAUAAAAAGAUCGAAGAAGCAAAGAAGGAAGUGUCGAGCAGCAGCGAAGCGAGCGAAAAAAAUGAGGUCGCUGGAACGAGCAAGGACAUCAACAAAAACGGUGUGCAAGAAGGAGAAACGAGCAAUUGCAACGGAACAGCAGCUGGGACAUCCUCAGGGAACGUGGACGAGGAGGAAGACGUGAACAAAGAGGACGAAGAGGAAGAUCCUGGUCGUGGCAUCGACCUUCAAGUUGCCUGGGAAGUUCUCGAACUCGCUAAAAUCGUAUUCACCAAACGUGGCGAAGCUGGUCUUAAACAUUUGGCUGAAACUCACAGAUUGCUCGGUGAAGUUGCUAUGGAAAGUGACAACCCACAAGGCGCCAUCGCCGACCUCGAAGGAGCUCUUGUUCUCUUGGAAAAAAUCGAACCGGUCGAGCCUCGCGCCCUCGCUGAUAUUCACUAUCAACUCGGGCUUGCUCAUUCGUUGGCAAACGAUUUCGACGCCAGUAUCAAACAAUUCACCGAGGCUACAAAUCUCCUGGAAACGAGAAUAAAACAAUUGGAAAAUACGCCUGAACCCACAGUCAAAAGCGACGAUCCUUUCUACUCGAUCGAAGGAGAAAUUCGGGAACUUCGCGAAUUGUUGCCUGCUAUACAGGAAAAAAUCGUUGACAUGAAGGAUUUCAAGCAAGAAGCUUGUCGCGUUCUCAUCGAGGGAAUCAAGAACAAAGUCGCUGAUGGCUCCGCCAGUAAUGGUGCCGCCUCUUCUUCUUCCUCGUCCACACAAAACGGUAGCGGACCAUCGGGCUCUUCCGACCAAGCUUCUGCUUGUCCCGCACCUCCAAAACCAGCUAGUGACAUUUCUCACUUGGUCAGAAAAAAACGUAAACACGAGAACGAAACAGAGGAACCAGCACAAUCACCUUGCAAAAAAUUAACGCCCUGAAAUAUCGAGAGAAAUCUAACGAUAGCACGAUAUUGAAGUUUCCGUCAUUGACUUGCGAGAAAAUGUUUUAUUUUUAUCCAAUCAUCUCCGAUAUAUCUUUGCAGUUUUGAGCUACAAAACUUAAUCACAUUCUCCGAAUAUAACGACUGAAACUGCAAAAAUAUUUAUAGGCUAUUUCGAUAACUGGAAAUCGAAUUAGUUAAAUAUUUUCAUGUUCGAUUCACGCAAAUUUUAAGACAACACGAAUAUACCAUAUUUUUAUUAAAGUAUUAAGAUUGGGUGAAAAAUAUCGAAAAAAACAUAAACAAAACAUUGUCUCAAGUUAAUCGACACAAACCUCGACGAUUUUUUUCCUUUACUUUCUUUUACUCGUUCGUUAUUCAAUUAUGCCUUGACUCGUUCUUCGAAAAUAUCGUUCUCGAUUGCAAACACUUAGUGUAUAGAUAUUACUAUCAUUACGUUUUUUCUUCAUCUUAUUAUUAAUGUUCUAAGUUUACUGCAUUAUUUAUUUGGUUUACCAUUGAGCGACUGCGAAAGACUCUGCUGGUCCAAACCACGCACGUCUGAUGUAUUUUAGUUUUAAAUAAACGAGAGAGACCUGAGAAAGAGCAAUUCAUCAUAAUUGCCAGGUUUUAAGUUGUAAAACUCAAUUUUCCUCUCCGAAAUAAAGAUUUCACUGAUGGCAUUUUUUA